AUGGAGAGGAAUAUUGAGAUUUACGCCAGCAAACUCGGCGACGAGAAGCUGGACGUGAAAGUCAGAGCCAAUGUUGCUACCGAAUUACGAGAUAGCAUUGAGCCCCUAUGCUCGGGCGCAAGCUACCCCAUCUUCUUGUCGAAGCUAUGGCCUGUGUUCAAGACAAUCUUGAAGGGAGACCCGGUUUUCUUCAGCUUGUCUUAUGAACAAAAACUACGAAACUGUAUCCUCGAGACGCUACACCGAUUACCCAUGGGCUCCCCCGACGUUGAACCGUAUGCCGUCGACAUGGUGGACCUGCUGAUGGAGCUUGCGCGGAUCGAAAACGAGGACAAUGCAGUGCUAUGCAUGAAGACAAUCAUGGAUCUGGAGCGGAACCAAGCAAAGGCUACUGCACAUCGGGUGCAAGCUUUCUUGGAACUGAUUCAGGAGAUGUUCCAGACCAUGGAACAGGUUGUCCGGGACACUUUUGACACUCCAAACCAGGCCACACCUUCUGGCAUGCCAUCCACGCCCAACGCGACAGCACAGAACUUCCAGUCACCACGACCAAGCUCACCUGCUACAUCAGUUUCAGAUCUUGGACCCGAUCAGCAAUCCAGCAAUGUCCUUCUCAAAGGAAUGCAGUCCUUCAAGGUUCUUGCUGAAUGCCCUAUUAUCGUCGUUUCGAUCUUCCAGACCCACCGUGCAUCCGUUUCAGCGAACGUCAAGCUUUUCGUACCUCUUAUCAAGACAAUCCUGCUGCUCCAGGCCAAGCCACAGGAAAAGGCACACGCAGAAGCUGCUGCGCAGGGCACCAUUUUUACCGGCGUAUGCAAGGAAAUCAAGAACCGCGCUGCCUUUGGAGAGUUUAUUACAGCCCAGGUGAAGACAAUGAGCUUUUUGGCGUAUUUAUUGAGGUUAUAUGCCCACCAGCUCCAGGAUUUCCUUCCUACUCUUCCCUCGGUCGUCGUGCGACUUCUUCAAGACUGCCCGCGAGAGAAGUCAGGUGCACGCAAGGAAUUAUUGGUCGCCAUCCGUCACAUCAUCAACUUCAACUACCGCAAGAUCUUUCUUGAGAAGAUUGAUGAGCUUUUGGAUGAGCGAACUCUCAUCGGAGACGGCCUCACUGUAUAUGAGACCAUGAGGCCGUUGGCUUAUAGCAUGCUAGCUGAUCUGAUUCACCAUGUCCGUGACCAUCUCAGCCGUGAUCAGAUCCGGCGCACUGUUGAGGUCUACACCAAGAAUCUUCAUGACGAUUUCCCUGGCACAAGCUUCCAGACCAUGAGUGCAAAGCUUCUUCUGAACAUGGCGGAGAAUAUUUCCAAGCUCGAAGACAAGCGCGAAGCCCGCUAUUUCCUAAUUAUGAUUUUAGACGCCAUUGGUGAUAAGUUUGCGUCUAUGAACCAUCAGUUCAACAACGCUGUCAAGGUGUCCAAGGCGUACAAAGUAUACCGAAAGGAAACGGAGCCAUGUGCUGAGAACUAUCUUGCGGAGAAGGAUCAGCCUCCUGACUGGGAUGAGAUUGAUAUUUUCUCGGCUUCUCCCAUCAAGACUUCCAGCCCACGCGAUCGUGGCGGUGACCCUGUCUCGGACAAUAUCUUCCUCUUCAGGAACUUGAUCAACGGGCUCAAGAACAUAUUCCGCCAAUUGAAGAACUGCAACCCCGAUGAUGUUCAGAUUGACCCGAAUAGUGUCCCCAUCAAUUGGUCUGAAGUUUCAUACGGCUACAACGCUGAGGAGGUACGCGUUAUCAAGAAGCUGUUUCACGAGGGAGCUCGUGUAUUCCGUUACUAUGGAGUUGAUCAAUCUCCACCUGAUAUGAACUACUCGUCUCCCUUUGACUUCUUGGCAAGCCAGUACACAGCACCGAUGUCGCGUGAAGAGAAGGAGCUUCUGGAAAGCUUUGGCACAGUCUUCCACUGCAUUGACACUGCAACAUUCCACGAGGUCUUCCACUCGGAAAUUCCAUACCUCCACGAGCUCAUGUUUGAACAUGGAUCUUUGCUUCACCUACCACAGUUCUUCCUCGCCAGCGAAGCCACCUCUCCCGCAUUCUCCGGCAUGGUAUUACAGUAUCUCAUGGAACGCAUCGAUGAGGUUGGGACGUCAGAUAUGACCAAGGCAAAGAUUCUCUUGAGGAUGUUCAAGCUUUCUUUCAUGGCUGUGACCCUGUUUUCCGUGCAGAACGAGCAGGUGCUUCACCCCCAUGUGACAAAGAUCGUCACCAAGUGUAUCGAGCUUUCUGUCACAGCCGAGGAGCCUAUGAACUACUUCCUCCUCCUGCGCUCCCUCUUCCGAAGCAUCGGGGGGGGCCGAUUCGAGCUUCUCUACAAGGAGAUUCUCCCACUCCUUGAGAUGCUCCUCGAAACUUUCAACAACUUGUUACUCGCAGCCCGCAAACCGCAAGAACGAGACCUAUAUGUUGAACUUACCCUCACUGUUCCCGCACGCCUGAGCCAUCUUCUCCCUCACCUUAGCUACUUAAUGCGUCCCAUCGUGGUGGCCUUGCGUGCUGAUUCAGACCUUGUUGGCCAAGGUUUGCGUACUCUGGAACUUUGCGUGGAUAACCUCACUGCCGACUAUCUCGACCCAAUCAUGGCUCCAAUUAUGGACGAGCUCAUGACUGCACUCUGGGACCAUCUCCGCCCCCAUCCCUACAACCACUUCCACGCACACACUACCAUGCGCAUCCUAGGAAAGCUGGGUGGACGCAACCGCAAGUUCCUCAACCACCCACCAGAGCUGUCGUUCCAGCAAUACUCUGAUGACAACCCAAGCUUUGACAUCCGCCUCAUCGGCCCCAAUGAGAAGCGACCUUUCCCUGUGGACAUUGGCAUUGAUCUUGCUGCUGGCAAGCUUAUGGAGAUCCCAAAGACUGAUUCCGCGAAAGCCUCGGACAUCUAUUACAAGCAGCAAGCCUAUCGCAUGCUCAGCUCACACCUCAAGCUUCAGAUCGGCUACGAUAACCUUCCUGAAGACCUGGCAACCUUGAUCAGACUUCAUGCAAAUGACCUCUUCGAGAACAAGCCUGGUGCCAUGGCUGACAUUCUUGACAAGUCUGAACGGUCAGCUUCUAUUCCCAAGAAGAUUGCACAGGAAGCGAUCGUGAAGAAGCUUCUCAAGGCCUGUAUCUUUGCCACAACAAUCCCUGAGCUUGAGCCCGCUGCUACAGCUUUCGUGGCUGAUGUCUGCAAGCACUUUGCUCUUCUUGAGGUUGGUCGUGCAUUGGCUCAAGCUAGACAUGGUCGCAAGGCCUUCGAUGUUGCAAGUGGCGAGGGACCCGUGUACCUCGACUCAAAGAUUCUGGCGGAGGCCCUCGUUGAGUGUCUGUCAUUUGAUGAGAUUCAUGUCCGGGAAGCAGCUGAGCAAGCAAUGCUGGUUGUCAGGGAUGCUGCAGGCGUCAUCUUUGGCUCCCCUGAGAAGGCAUCCAAGCUCCCAUUCUUCCAGCACCUUGGCCGUGUCUUCUGCCACAGCUGCCACAGUGAGGAGUGGUUCACCAAGGCAGGUGGCAGUCUCGGUAUCAAUUUGCUUGCGACCAAGCUGGACUUGGGAGAGGUAUGGCUUUAUGAGAGACAUGUCGAGUUCUCUCGAGCAUUGAUGUAUGUCAUCAAGGACACCCCUGCCGAUCUGCCUGCUGCUACACGCAUCCAGUCACAGGAGACAAUGUCCUUGAUUCUUCGGAAAUGUGGCAAGCUCAUUCCCAAGGAGGAUUUGAAGAACGAGAAGAGUCGCUUGUAUGCCCUUUGUGGCUUCUUCGUGUAUGAGCUCGGACACAUGAACCAGCAUGUCCGAGAGACCUCUCGUCGUUGCUUCACCACAUUGAAGGAAGUGCUUGACUGUGAGGUACAUGAGCUGAUCCUGCCGGUCAAGGAUCGACUGUUGCAGUCCAUUUUCAACAAGCCACUGCGUGCCUUGCCUUUUCCAACGCAGAUUGGUUUCAUUGAUGCCAUCACAUACUGCCUCAGUCUUCACAACGACAUUGUCACUUUCAAUGAGCCUCUCAACCGAUUGAUGCUGGAGUCUCUUGCCCUUGCCGACGCCGACGAUGAAUCCCUCGCGUCUAAGCCGAAUGAGUUCAAGAACGCAGACAUGAUCGUGAACCUCCGCGUCGCUUGUCUUCGUCUAUUGUCUAUGGCAAUGAGCUUCUCUGAGUUUGCCAACACACCGCAGAACACCAGCCGUGCUCGCAUUAUAUCAGUCUUCUUCAAAUCACUGUACUCCAGGUCACAGGAGGUUAUUGAAGCAGCAAAUGCCGGCCUUCGGGACGUUCUCACGCAAACCAACAAGCUUCCUAAAGAUCUGUUGCAGAAUGGAUUGCGCCCUAUUCUCAUGAACCUUCAGGAUCCCAAACGUCUCAGCGUCGCUGGUUUGGAUGGUCUUGCUCGCCUCUUGACACUGCUCACCAACUACUUCAAGGUUGAAAUCGGUGCUCGUCUACUUGAUCAUAUGAAGGUGAUCGCCGAUGAUACCGUCCUCGCCAAGGUGUCAUUCAGUCUCGUUGAACAGAACCCAGCCAUGAAGAUCGUUGCUGCUAUCUUCAAUAUCUUCCAUCUACUCCCUCCGGCUGCUACCUCUUUUAUGGAACACCUUGUCAACAAGGUCAUGGACCUGGAGUUGAAGUUGCGUCGCACUUCACACAGUCCCUUCCGGAAGCCGCUUGUGAAGUACCUCAAUCGCUACCCCAAGGAGAGUCUUGCGUUCUUCUUUACUCGGUUCAAGGAUGAGCGAUUUGGACGGUUCUUCGGACAGAUCCUGGCUGACCCGGAGAGUGAAGGCUUGCGAAAUGCAAUCGUGGCUGACACUGAAGGAUUUUCUACUGCCGCCUUUGGCCAAGAUUCUGGUGAUGGCAAGAACACUGCUGCCAUCAAUGGUAUCUAUGUCGCACACUCGCUCUGUUCUUACAGCUCAACCAAGCGCUGGUUGGUCUCGCACGCAGAGAUGAAAGUCAAGCUCUUGACUUCUGGCAGGGACCUGGAGAGGAAGCUCCGCGGUGACAGUCUGCCAGCUGAUGAGAGACUCAGAGUGGAACAAGCCGAGGACCAGUUGAUGGAUAUCUUCACCUUGUACUUGGCUGAGGCCACUCACGACCUGGACUUCUUGUUCGAGGUCAUUGAUGGUUUGUCCGCCGAUGAACUGAAGCGUACCCUUGCACUCCCCAAGUUCAUCUACCGCAGCAUCAUUUCCAAUGAGUCGAUUGACUACCGCCGCUCUGUCAUCAUGCGUUGUCUCGAUCUCUAUGGCCAGAAGAGCUGCCCACAGAAGACCAAGACCUAUGCCUUCCGUCAUCUAGUGAACCCCAUCUUUGCUAUGGACGUCAAGGUCACCUGGAACAGCCCUCCUAACACUCCCAAGUUGAUGGACAAGAGCAUGACUGAGUCAAUUCAGAGCCGUCUAUGGAAGCCUCAGCUCGCUGACUUGACCGAGGAGUCCAACCAAGCCGGUGUGGACCACUCGCGCAUGGAGUUGCUCCAGCUUUCCGCUUUGUUGAUCAAAUAUCAUCACCAAACGGUGCAGGACUCUCGCAAAGACAUCAUCAAGUUCGCUUGGAACUACAUCCGACUUGAGGACAUCAUUAACAAGUAUGGUGCCUACGUUUUGAUUAGUUACUUCAUUGCGCACUACGAAACACCGUUCAAGAUUGUUAUCCAAGUCUAUGUCGCUUUGCUGAGGGCUCACCAGAACGAAGGCCGAGCUCUCGUCACGCAGGCCCUUGACGUCUUGGCUCCCGUGCUCCCCACACGGACAGCCAACAGUUCAGGAGCGGAGGCACGGUACCCAUUGUGGGCCAAAUGGCCUCGUCGUAUCCUGGCUGAGGAGACUGCCAAUCUGCAGCAGGUGAUGAGCAUCUUCCAGUUUUUGGUUCGGCAGCCUGAUCUAUUUUACGAAUCAAGGGAGCACUUCGUACCUCUUAUUGUUCCGUCCUUGAUCAAGAUCACCGGCCCACCCAACACAUCCAACGACAGCAAGAAGUUGGCGCUCAACCUGAUAAGCUUGAUCUGGCACUGGGAAGAGAAGCGGACACCCAACGCCGAGUCUCACAGCUUGACCAAUGGAAACCCCGAGUCUCCAGUCGCAAGAAAGCGCAAGCUGGAUGAAGCUCAGGAGCCAUCGCCAUCUCCCGCCCUUGGACCCCCGAGCAUCCGAGAACGUUCCGACUACACAGUGCCCACCGAUCUACGGGCGGCAUUGAUCAAAUACCUCAUCACAUUCAUCACUACCAUCCCUGAACGCUUCUCUGUUCCGGCGGCUCAAAUUCGGUCAAUGCCUACAUCCAAGCAGCAGAACCCUGUGCCUACUGGUGAAAUGAUCAACAAGGCUAUCCAUCUGCUUCGCAGCCUUCUGUCACCUGAGUACUGGGGCGAUCUCGACAUUGAUCUCUAUCAAAAGGUCACCGAGCCAAUUUUGGUUGGAGAGAAGGGCGAUAAGCCUGAGGACAAGAUUACCUACAUGGUCAACACAUUGCAAGUAUUGAGGGUCCUCAUCACGACCAAGCCACAAGAGUGGAUUGCAAAUCGCCUCCCUACCAUCCAGAAGCUUCUCGAGAAGCCUCUGAAAUCGGACAAUCCAGAGGUCCAGGAUUGUUUACAUGGACUAGAAGAUGACAUGGAGAUCGUUCACAAGCUGCCGCCUCCUGUUCGUUACGUCCUGGAAGCCAUUCCCGAUGAACAGCCGGAUGACGAGGAUGCCAUGGAUACUGAAGGCACACCGUCGGAGUUUGCUACCUACUUGUCUGCCAUCGCGACUGAGACCCUGUCCGCCAACAACUACGUCUCCAGCUUGAACGUUUUGUGGACACUGUCCAAGAUCAAACCAGCUGAAAUUGAUACCCACAUUCCUGCUGUCAUGAAGGCCUUUUCUACGAAGCUGGCUAAGGAGCACGUUGCUGCAUCCACCCAGAAUGGCACCCAGCUCCAGAACGGCGCUGCUAAGCCCGCCGAAGGUGCUUCUCCCACUCCUGACCAGCAAGAGUUCGAGCUGGGAGUCGAUCUCAUUCUGAAGACUAUUGAACUCAUUUCUGUUCGCAUGUCUCAUCUUGGUGACCAGCGGCGUCCGUUCCUCAGUGUCCUGGCACAGAUUGUCGAGCGCUCACAGAACAUCGAGCUGUGCAGCAAGAUCUUGGGUAUGGCCGAGUCGUGGAUCUUCCAGUCUACCGAAUCUUGGCCGACCUUGAAGGAAAAGACUGCUGUGCUGCACAAGAUGCUGCUGUUCGAAUCCCGACCUGAUCAGACGAUGCUGAAGAAGUUCCUCGAUCUCGUUAUUCGGAUCUACGAGGACUCCAAGAUCACCCGCACCGAAUUGACAGUGCGCUUGGAGCAUGCGUUCCUCAUCGGUGCAAGAGCACAGGACGUUGAGAUGCGCAAUCGAUUUAUGCAGAUUUUUGAUCGAAGCUUGACCCGCCUUGCAAGCUCACGUCUCAGCUAUGUCCUGACUUGCCAAAAUUGGGAUACUCUUGCCGACUCUUUCUGGUUGGCUCAGGCAUCACACUUAGUGCUUGGCUGUGUUGAUAUGAACACCACUGCCCGCUUGCACCACGAAGAUUUCCCCCUCUUCCCCGUGUCGUUCCUCUUUGGCAGUGCCGACAAGGACCCCAGAAAGGCUGAUAUUAUGGUUGACAGUCAACUUGAAACCUUUGUUGCUGAGCGUCGGAAGUUCAUGUCGGACAUUGGCGAUGUCAGAACUCGGGAUCUGAUUGAACCUUUGUGCCAGCUUCAGCACACCGACUCGAAUGUUGCUUACAAGCUGUGGACCACCCUGUUUCCCAUCUUCUGGUCUACACUGUCCAAGGAGGAUUGCAUCGAUCUCGAGAAGGAUAUGGUCACAUUGCUCACUCGCGAGUACCACCAUAGACAGCUCGACAAGCGUCCCAACGUUGUUCAAGCUCUUCUUGAGGGCACUGUUCGUGCUCGUCCUCGGUUCAAGAUUCCUCCCCAUGUUGUCAAGUAUCUGAGUCGGACUUACGACGCAUGGUACACCGCUGCUACCUACCUGGAGCAGACCGCCAUCGAUCCUAUCAUCGAUACACCUACUGUGCGUGAAAGCAACCUCGAUGCCCUCGUUGAGGUCUACGCUGGCCUGCAAGAAGACGAUUUCUUCUACGGAACAUGGCGUCGCCGAUGCAAGUUUGUCGAAACCAAUGCAGCCCUCUCUUAUGAGCAGCAAGGAAUGUGGGACAAGUCCCAGCAGCUUUAUGAGAACGCUCAGAUCAAGGCUCGUUCCGGCGCCAUGCCAUUCUCUCAGGGUGAAUACUUCGUAUGGGAAGACCACUGGUUGAUCUGUGCCCAGAAGCUCCAGCAGUGGGAGAUUCUCAGCGACUUCGCCAAGCACGAGAACCUGAACGAUCUCUUGUUGGAGUCCGCCUGGCGAAACAUUGAGAACUGGCAGAGUGAAGGAAACCGAGAACAACUUGAGUCAUUGAUCAAGUCCGUCUCCGACGCCCCUACGCCGAGACGCACCUUCUUCCAGGCCUUCAUGGCUCUGCUUCAAUAUCACACGAAGAAGGAGAACAUUCAAGACUUCAACAGCGUCUGCGACGAGUCCAUUCAACUCUCGAUCCGAAAGUGGCUGCAGUUGCCCAAGCGUAUCACCAACGCCCAUAUCCCGAUUCUGCAGCACUUCCAACUUUUGGUCGAGUUGCAUGAUGCCAGCCACAUUUGUGGUAGCUUGUCUCAAACCAACGAGCGGAACUUGGACACCAAGUCCGCUGAGCUCAAGCUGUUGCUUGGAACCUGGCGGGACCGUCUGCCCAAUCUUUGGGACGACAUCAACACAUGGCAGGACCUUGUCACUUGGCGUCAACACAUCUUCCAGCUGAUUAAUGGCACUUACCUCAGUCUGCUACCCCCACAGACAAAUAAUGUGGCCAGCAACUCCUACGCCUACCGUGGAUACCAUGAAACAGCCUGGAUCAUCAAUCGCUUUGCCCAUGUUGCUCGUAAGCACCAGAUGCCGGAGGUCUGUAUCAAUCAGCUCAGCCGUAUCUACACUCUUCCGAACAUCGAAAUCCAAGAGGCCUUCCUCAAGCUUCGGGAGCAAGCCAAAUGUCAUUACCAGAAUCCCAAGGAAUUGAACAGCGGUUUGGAUGUGAUCAACAACACUAACCUCAACUACUUCGGACCGCAACAGAAGGCGGAGUUUUACACCCUCAAGGGUAUGUUCCUUGCCAAAUUGGAUCAUGUCAACGAGGCAAAUGAGGCGUUCGGUGUUGCUCUCUACUACGAUCUCCGCCUUGCCAAGGCCUGGUCUGAGUGGGGACAAUACAGUGACCAGCGGUUCAAGGCUGACCCAACUGACUACGAAUUGGCCAGCAACGCAGUUAGCUGCUACUUGGAGGCGGCUGGUCUCUACAAGAGCGCUAAGUCCCGGAAGCUGCUCAGCAGAAUCCUAUGGCUUCUCAGCCUGGACAAUGACGAAGGCAAGAUCGCAAGUGCCUUCGAGAACUUCAAGGGAGACACCCCGGUGUGGUACUGGAUUACCUUCAUUCCCCAGCUUCUUACCAGCCUGUCUCACCGCGAGGCUCGCCUCUGCAAGGCCGUUCUGGUCAAGAUUGCCAAGCUCUACCCACAGGCUCUCUUCUUCUUGCUUCGUACCAACCGCGAGGACAUGCUGAGCAUCAAGAAACAGCACGAUCAAAAGCAAGAAAAGAUCAACCGUGCCAGACAACAGCAGCAAGGAUCAUCGCCAAGCGUCAAGGCCACUCCUGGUGCGGACGGUUCCCCUGCUCAGAAGGCCCAGGCUGCUGCAGGUGCCAAUGCUUCUCCAUCAGUCCCACCUGCGAACUCGCCGGCUACACAGAACAAUGUGCCGCCGCAGAGCCAGUCCCCAGCCCAACCUCAAAACUCUGUUCAGGCAUCGCCUCGCCCAGGGCCAGGUCAAAGUCCAGUGGCUGGUCAGACUCCGGGUCAAGCUCACUUGCAAGUUCCUGGUCAAAAUGGAACUCCUCAAAAUGCUGCUGCACCUGCAACGGAUGAGAAGGAGCCUCUUAAGAAGCCGUGGGAGUACUCGGAUGAGAUCAUGUCUGGUCUCAAGACUGCCUUCCCCUUACUUGCUCUCUCCAUGGAGACCAUGGUUGAUCAGAUCCACAAGAACUUCAAAUGUCCCCCUGAUGAGGAUGCUUACCGUCUUAUUGUUGCUCUUCUUAACGAUGGUCUGGCUUAUGUUGGUCGUAUGCCCGGAUCUUACGCACAGGACUUCAAGUUGCCUGCUGCCACUGAGGCCAACAUCACUCGUUUUGCAGAGACCAUUCUUCCGGCUCACAUCCGCAAAUCUUUCGAGGCGGACUUCGUUGUUAAGAAGCCAACUAUGAACGAAUACAUCCACAAGCUCCGACGCUGGCGUGACAAGUUCGAGGAGAAGCUCGAUCGUCGCCCUCAGCAUGGGUUCCUCGAGGCGUACUCACCGCACCUCAGUGAGUUCCGCUUCCUCAAGUUCGAUGAGGUUGAGGUUCCCGGCCAGUACCUACUUCACAAGGACAAGAACCAGGACUUUGUCCGCAUCGACCGUUUCCUUCCCGAUGUGGAUCUGGUCCGUGGUAUUGGUGUCUGCCACCGCCGCUUGAAGAUUCGAGGACACGACGGCAGUGUUCAAGCAUUUGCCGUUCAACAUCCCGCCGCCCGCCACUGCAGACGCGAGGAGCGCAUUCUCCAGUUGUUCCGGAUCUUCAAUGGCCUGCUCGCAAAGCGCAAGGAGAGUCGUCGCCGCAACUUGUGCUUCCACUUGCCGCUUAUGAUUCCGUUGGCACCACACAUUCGCUUGGUUCGUGAUGAUUCUUCAUACAUCUCUAUGCAGGGUAUCUACGAGGAUUAUUGUCGAAGAAUGGGAAUGAACAAGGAUGAGCCUGUGCUUUUCACAAUGGAUAAGAUGAGGUCAUUAGCAGAGACAAAGCAGAACCGCUCGACCGAUCAACAGCAGAUUCUCCGCACGGAAAUUCUUACCGCCAUUCAAGACAAAUGGGUCCCAAGUACUGUUGUGUUGGAAUACUUCCAGCAGACAUACCCGAACUUCUCGGACUUCUGGCUCUUCCGUCGCCAAUUCGCCUACCAAUAUGCGGCAGUGGCCUUCAUGACCUAUGUCAUGCACAUUGGAAACCGUUACCCCAACAAGAUCCUGGUGUCGCGCUCGACUGGUGACAUCUGGGGUGCCGAAUUGAUCCCCACCAUCAACCCUGCCAAGGCGUUCUUCUACAACCCCGAGCAAGUGCCCUUCCGUUUCACACCCAACAUCCAAACCUUCCUGGGUCCCAUCGCAACCGAGGGUGUCUUCGCCUGCGCAAUGAUGGCAAUUGCCCGCUGCCUCACAGAGCCACGCCACGAACUGGAGCAACAGCUCAGCGUCUUCGUGCGAGAUGAGAUGAUGUUCUGGGCUACCGCUCAGCACCGCAGUCCCCUUCCAGUGGGACAACUGCGCGACCUGGUAUACAACAACAGCGAGAUCAUCGUCAACCGUGCUGUCAGUCUUGCCAGUCCGCCCGAGGGUAACCUGCCUGCCAAUCAGACUACCAUCGACCUGAUCUCCAAGGCAGUCAACCCCCAGCACCUGGCUUCGUGCGAUGCGUUGUGGAUGCCAUAUCUCUGA